AGUAUAACCGAGUUAGACAGUAAUUCAAAUAUGGUUAGGAUAAGGAUAAAAAUAAUUUAAUAGAUCAAAGACUUGUUAUAGAAAUCUACAAUAUUAGAAUUAGAAUUGUAAUAGGAAUCAAACUUUCGAAUCCACAUUAUAUAAUGGUGUAUAAUUUUUUUGUACACAAUCAAAUUACAACAUAUCCGCCUCUAAUUUUCUUUCUCUGCUGCGUUUUUGUUUAUCUUCUGCGAUUGAACGAAUUCUUGGAUAUAUAAUAUUCAACAAUGACGACAACUGAAACUCUGCAAGUAAAUGAAAGAUCAUUUACAAUUGCAUUGAAGGCUUUGAGAAUAGGCCACGAAGUAAAUUGUGGACCUAAUUUAAGCACAAAAAUCUGGAAAUUGAUAAUGGUUGACAAAGAGGGUGUCCAAAUUGGAGUGACAAUGUUCAAUAAUGAAAUAAGCAAAUUUGGAAAAAAGUUUGAAUCCAACAAAACGUAUUUAAUCUCUAAUGGAGAGGUUAGAAACGUUAAUACUAUGUAUCCAAGCAUCCAUAGAGAAAAAGAGAUCAUACUCAAUAGAUACUCUGAUAUAAAGGAAGCAUUCGACGAGAUAGAGUAUAAAAUACCAUAUAAUUUUGUGGAGUUCAACGAUGUGGAACAAAAGCUUGACAAGGAAGAAGAGUUUGAUAUUUCUGGAAUGUUAGUACAAGUACAAAAAAGUCAACAGAUUCCUAUCAAAGGAGUGAACAAGGCUGUGAGAAACAUAACUCUCAUGAACAAAAAAUCUGAACUUGUAGAGAUAUCUUUAUGGGAAGAUAUGGCGAAAAAUGAAGGACAUGACCUUGAACAAAUAACUGGAGGCAAGCCAACUGUUGCAAUUUCCUAUGUCGUGGCAAAAAGGAAAUUUGGUGGUAUACUCUUGCAAAAUACAAUGAGAUCCGUCUUGCAAAUUACACCAACAUGCAAAGAGAUCCAGCUGAUCCAAUCGUGUUCUGAUGUUGAUGAUGAUGCAUUAGCAAUUGCUAAAUUAGCAAUGGCACAAAAAAUAAAACAAGCAAAGGAAAUCACUCUUAAAGAUCUCAGAGACAAUCAACAUUUAUUAUCAGAGGGUGUUUCGUAUUGUUUUACGGGAAUUAUCGACAAAGUUGAAAAUAAAGCAACAAUAUGGUAUGAUUCUUGUAAAAAUUGCAACACAUCUUUCUCCAAAAUUGAUGAGAGUGCAAUAUGCAAAAAAUGCAAUGAAGAAGUUCUUGAGACGUCGCCCAGAUACAGAAUCACAAUAAAUGUUAUACAAGGCGACUGCAAUGCACGUAUUACACUAUUCGGUCAAGUGGCAGAGGUAUAUGUAGGAUGCUCUGUGGAUGAAUAUCUUUCUUCAAUCAAAGAGGGUGAAACAGAAUCCACAUACUAUAGACGACUAAGCACACAAGCGUACACAGAAAUGCGCUUCAUGACGAUGCUAAAGUCUAUAAAAUUUGAUCAACGAGGAAAUCUCAAUAUCGUAGCAAAUGCAAUCGAAAAAAUGGAACCAAUGGAAAGCAUCGAUGUUGGAGAUAUUGAAGAAGAGUUGACUGAAGUGGAGGAAAAGAAACAUUCACCCGAGAAAACAAAAAAGAAAAUUCCGUCUAGAAAAAAACAAACUACGAUGGAGUUGCAGCCCACAGAAUCGCAAAAGAAAAAAAGAAGGAUAACCAAGAAAAAGUUUGAUGACUACAUUGACAUUACAAGUGACGACGAUCUGCCGCUGAACAGCAUUUUGCAAACCAAAAAUAACAAGAAGAGAUCCCCAAUCGUCAAAAUCAAACAAGAAAAGAUUUAAAAUUCGUCUUACUCCUUACUUAGAUAAUUUAGGAUGUUUUUCAUAGAUUUUUUUUGCAUUUUUAUUUAGAAGUAUGAAUAUUACUUUAUUACUUUUAAAUUUAAUCAUUAAUAGUUGCAUUGGUUCC